UUUGGCAUCUUUCAUCAAUAUCAAUUGCGCUUUCAUUAAUCAAGCUCUGUCGCUGCUCAUGUAAAUGUUGUGAGCAGCUUCGUACAAUCAUCACCAACAGUGACAGAUCUUGGAUUGAGACAACCAUCGACAUGCCAGCCUGGAACCCUUCAAAACUCUCCUCAUCCCUACUCUUGAAUAUCCGCAAUCACCCUAUACUCUUCACCUCAGCAAUAGCCAUCAUCCCCUUGGCAGCUCUCGCCAUGCCCUCAUACCGCGGCUACAUCGAUCUUGGCCCCGGUGGCCUCCCGCACAACGUCUUCGGCUGGCUUCUCCAAGGCGCUCUACGCCCACUUACCCUGAAAAGCACCGUUGACCACAGCGUCUUCAAAAAGCCCGGCGUUUCUGAGUCAUACGAACCUCAUGGCACCACCCGAUUCCUCCAGGAGCCGCUUGCACAGCGUCGAGGCGACAGACCAGUUAUCCCAAACUACGUCGCCCCUCAGAGACAAGCCACAGAAAAGGGCGACAAAGCUCUCAUGGACCGUAUGAACAACCAUCUACAAGACUUGGCAAGUCGUCACCCAGAGACGUUAUCUGUGAAACCAUCCGGCCUAGAAGCCAGAGACAAUCCCGCACUUUGGUUCGUUGGCACCCCAUUGCCCAAGUACCUGACGAAAAGCACAAAGGGCGAAAUCGUCCACGUACACUCAGAGGCCAGCUCGCACAUGGUCCUCAGCCUGACUGACGCGGAGGAAGCCAUGGCGAAGGGGUGGGCUGAGCUGCACCCGCUAAGUGGCGUGAUGGGACGGAUUCCGCUGCCGUAUGUCAUGAUCUACGCGCCAAGGGAUGAGGAGGAGUUUGGGGUAUGGACGAAGUUUGUGGAUGCAGCUGUUGCGUUUACUACUGCGGGACAGCAUUAGCAUCAUGACGGCAAUUAAGAACGGUUGCAUUCUGCAUGCUAGAGGCGGGGAUGGCGGAUGCGAUGUGUCAUUUUUCUUUUUUAAUACCCACGGUCACUCAACUCUUUUAUAUAAGCCAUGGAUCUGAGAUAGUUUUUUAUGUGAUUUCUUCCAUCUC